CAAGUAUUUCCGCCAUUGCGCGAUUCCCAGCGAUUCUGCCGAUCCCCGCUUUGUUGUUGUGCGCCGACAACCCGCCUGACCAGCGACUGGGAUCUUUGCCCCGAGACAUCAUAUUGACCUUCGAGCACCACCGCCGCCGGCCGUGGCAUUUCGCCGUUGCAGCCCGCCUCCGCCCCGUCGCAUUAUAUAGCCGCCUCGUCCUGCAUAUUGCUGUCAUCCCUUCCUCGUGCAAGCUCUUCCUCGGCAUCUUCACACCGUAUUCAUGGCUUCUCACACCAUCGCUGUCUUUGGAGCCACCGGGCCCACCGGCAUCGCCUUUGUGAGGCAGGCACUCGAGGCCGGCCACUCGAUUGUUGCGCUGGCGCGGUCAAAGUCCAAGCUGCUUGGUCUCCUGGCUCCGGCCGUCGAGGAGACGGACAGCCGUAUCAACAUCAUCGAGGGCGAUGCCCUGAAACGCGAAGACAUCGACCGGGUCUUCGAGGACACUCGCAUUGACCGUGUGAUGAUCACUCUCGGCACACACCCCUCAGCUGCUGAGCCCCAGCUGUCCAUCUGCUCAAUUGGAACAGAGCACAUCAUCGCGAGCCUGAAAAAGACCCUUGCCGACACCAAAUCAAGCCAUCCCGACCGCAAGAUCCGAACCAUCACAGUGACGUCGCUUGGUGUCGGCGACUCGAUCAAGCACCUCGGGCCCUUGACCUACCUGUUCGUAACAACGUUCUUGCGUCGCGCGAUUGCUGACAAGAACAAGCAAGAGGAUAUCAUCGUCAAGAACGCCUCUGCCGAGCUCGAGUACAUCAUCUGCCGUCCCGGUGGCCUCCGCGACAAACCCAAGACCGGCAUAUACCGGGCUGCUGACUUCACGGCCGGUGGAAUGAUCACCCGCGGCGACGUGGCCGACUUUUGCGUCAAAUCCCUGGACGACAGCACCUGGCUGAACAAGACGCCUUGCCUGUUCCAGUGAAUGGCCCGCGGUCAUGCUCUU